CGGAGGGCGUUUCCUUCAAGAUCAGAUGAAGCAAACUGCAGCCUCUUAGCCCAUCGGAAAUCUGCACAAUGGAUAAAAUGCUCUAGAAGGAGACCAAAGGACAGCUUGGUUGAAGAUCAGUUUGUUCGAAUCCAACAGGAGCCUCAGUCAUAACUCUGCUUCGUGAGGAGAACAGUGAAGGAGCCCAAUGAGGAGCCUCAGAGUCACCAUCGUCAUGCUCCUCUCAGUUGUGAGUGGCAUGCUACAUGUCGAGAUCACAGAGACAGGAAAAGAGGGAAACAUCGCUGUCAUCACAUGUCCUUAUAGUAAAGGAUAUGAAUCUUACACCAAGUAUUUCUGUAAGGGAGGCUAUACAGACUGUGAGACUCUUGUAAAAUCUAAUGGGAAUGACUCCUGGACAUAUACAGACAGAAUCACUAUGAAUGACAACACAGAGCAGAAAAAGUUGGUAGUGACCAUCCGUGACCUCAGAAUGGAGGAUGCAGGAGAUUACGGCUGUGGAAUCGAGACAAUAGGACGAGACCCUUUUACUUUAGUCCAUCUGAAAGUGAUUAAGGCUCCUAAGCCACCAAAAAGAACUCAAUCAAACCCCACCCGGUCUUCACCACCACCUCCCACCGUCUCCACCGACAAAACAGGUGGAAACUUCUGCAAAAGCAACAGUUUCUUGUGA